CACCGAGCGAGAGGGAAGAAACAAGAUGGCGGCUGAAGGCGAUCCGGAGUGGGGCCCCAGCAAUUCGGAUUGAGCCUUCUCCCUCCACCCGCUUCCGCCGGCCGGGCCCCUCCCGCCCGGCCCCGCGGGCCUCCCCACCCGGCCCCGGCGCCCCCCACCGCCACCCCUCCGCCCGCCCCUCCCCCCUCCGCUUUCCCUUCUCCCCCCGCCUCGGCUCCGACAUGAGGGGCCGGCGGGGCAGGCCGCCCAAGCAGCCCGCGGCUCCCGCUGCGGAGCGCUGCACCCCGGCCCCGCCGCCGCCGCCGCCGCCUCCGCCCACGUCCGGACCCAUCGGGGGGCUCCGCUCGCGGCACCGCGGCAGCAGCCGGGGCAGGUGGGCCGCCGCCCAGGCUGAGGUGGCGCCCAAGACGCGGCUGAGCUCGCCCAGGGGGGGCAGCAGUAGCCGGAGGAAGCCGCCGCCGCCGCCGCCGCCGGCCCCCCCCAGCACCAGCGCCCCGGGCCGGGGGGGGCGAGGAGGCGGGGGCGGCAGGACGGGGGGCGGGGGCGGCGGCGGCCACCUGGCCCGGACCACCCCGGCCCGGAGGGCCGUCAACAAAGUGGUGUACGAUGACCACGAGAGCGAAGAGGAGGAGGAGGAGGAGGAGGACAUGGUCUCCGAGGAGGAGGAGGAGGAGGAGGAGGACGGCGACGCCGAGGAGACCCAAGAUUCCGAGGACGACGAGGAGGAUGAGAUGGAGGAGGACGACGAUGAUUCCGAUUAUCCGGAGGAGAUGGAAGACGACGACGACGACGCCAGUUACUGCACGGAAAGCAGCUUCAGGAGCCAUAGCACCUAUAGCAGCACUCCAGGUAGGCGAAAACCGAGAGUACAUCGGCCUCGUUCUCCGAUAUUGGAAGAAAAAGACAUCCCGCCCCUUGAAUUUCCCAAGUCCUCUGAGGAUUUAAUGGUGCCUAAUGAGCAUAUAAUGAAUGUCAUUGCCAUUUAUGAGGUACUGCGGAACUUUGGCACCGUUUUAAGGUUGUCUCCUUUUCGCUUUGAGGACUUCUGCGCGGCUCUGGUGAGUCAGGAGCAGUGCACGCUUAUGGCGGAAAUGCACGUCGUGCUCUUGAAAGCGGUUUUGCGCGAGGAGGACACUUCCAAUACUACCUUCGGACCUGCUGAUCUGAAAGACAGCGUUAAUUCCACGCUCUAUUUCAUCGACGGGAUGACGUGGCCGGAGGUGCUGCGGGUGUACUGUGAGAGCGAUAAGGAGUACCAUCACGUUCUUCCUUACCAAGAAGCAGAGGACUAUCCCUAUGGACCAGUAGAGAACAAGAUCAAAGUUCUGCAGUUCUUAGUCGAUCAGUUUCUUACCACCAACAUUGCGCGGGAGGAGUUGAUGUCUGAAGGGGUGAUCCAGUAUGACGACCACUGUCGGGUUUGCCACAAACUUGGGGAUUUGCUUUGCUGCGAGACGUGCUCGGCUGUGUACCAUUUGGAAUGUGUGAAGCCGCCUCUCGAGGAGGUGCCGGAGGACGAGUGGCAGUGUGAAGUCUGCGUAGCGCAUAAGGUGCCUGGUGUGACCGACUGUGUCGCCGAAAUCCAAAAAAACAAACCGUACAUUCGACACGAACCUAUUGGCUAUGACCGAAGUCGAAGGAAAUACUGGUUCCUAAACCGGAGACUCAUAAUAGAAGAAGAUACAGAAAAUGAAAAUGAGAAGAAAAUUUGGUACUACAGCACAAAGGUCCAACUUGCAGAAUUAAUUGACUGUCUAGAUAAAGAUUACUGGGAAGCAGAACUCUGCAAAAUUCUGGAAGAAAUGCGUGAAGAAAUCCACCGACACAUGGACAUAACUGAAGACUUGACCAAUAAGGCUCGGGGCAGUAACAAAUCCUUUCUGGCGGCAGCUAAUGAAGAAAUUUUGGAAUCCAUAAGAGCCAAAAAAGGAGACAUUGAUAUUGUUAAAAGCCCAGAAGAAAUAGAAAAGGACAAGAAUGAGACUGAGAAUAAUAACUCCAAAGAUGCUGAGAAAAGCAGAGAGGAGUUUGAAGACCAGUCCCUUGAAAAAGAUGGUGAUGACAAAGCACCAGAUGAUGAUCCUGAGCAAGGAAAAUCCGAGGAGCCAACAGAAGUUGGGGAUAAAGGUAACUCUGUGUCAGCAAAUCUUGGCGACAACACAACAAAUGCUUCUCCAGAAGAGACUAGUCCCUCUGAAGGGAGGAGUCCCGUGGGGUGUCUCUCAGAAACCCAUGAUAGCAGCAACAUGGCAGAGAAGAAGGUGGCAUCUGAGCUCCCCCAGGACGUGCCAGAAGACCCUAACAAGACCUGUGACAGCAGUAACACUAGUGCUACCACUACCUCCAUCCAGCCUAAUCUGGAAAACAGUAACAGCAGCAGUGAACUAAAUUCUUCCCAGAGCGAAUCUGCUAAGGCAGCUGAUGAGCCUGAAAAUGGAGAAAGAGAGUCUCAUACACCUGUCUCUAUUCAAGAAGAGAUAGGUGAUUUCAAAUCAGAGAAGUCUAAUGGAGAAAUAAGUGAGUCUCCUGGAGCUGGAAGAGGGACAUCUGGGUCAACUCGAAUUAUCACCAGAUUACGGAAUCCAGACAGCAAGCUGAGUCAGCUGAAGAGCCAACAGGUGGCUGCUGCAGCCCAUGAAGCAAAUAAAUUAUUUAAGGAGGGCAAAGAGGUACUGGUAGUUAACUCUCAAGGAGAAAUUUCACGGUUGAGCACCAAAAAGGAAGUGGUCAUGAAAGGAAAUAUCAACAAUUAUUUUAAGUUGGGUCAAGAAGGGAAGUAUCGAGUCUACCACAAUCAGUACUCCACCAAUUCAUUUGCUUUGAAUAAGCACCAGCACAGAGAAGAUCAUGAUAAGAGAAGGCAUCUUGCACAUAAAUUCUGUCUGACUCCAGCAGGAGAGUUCAAAUGGAAUGGUUCUGUCCAUGGGUCCAAAGUUCUUACCAUAUCUACACUGAGGCUGACUAUCACCCAACUGGAAAACAAUAUCCCUUCAUCCUUUCUUCAUCCAAAUUGGGCUUCACACAGGGCGAAUUGGAUCAAGGCAGUUCAGAUGUGUAGCAAACCCAGAGAAUUUGCAUUGGCUUUAGCUAUUUUGGAGUGUGCGGUUAAGCCUGUUGUGAUGCUGCCAAUAUGGCGAGAAUCUUUAGGACACACCAGGUUACACAGAAUGACAUCAAUUGAAAGAGAAGAGAAGGAGAAAGUCAAGAAAAAAGAGAAAAAACAAGAAGAGGAAGAAACGAUGCAACAAGCCACGUGGGUAAAAUAUACAUUUCCAGUUAAACAUCAGGUUUGGAAACAAAAAGGAGAGGAAUACAGAGUUACGGGAUAUGGUGGUUGGAGCUGGAUUAGUAAAACUCAUGUGUAUAGGUUUGUUCCUAAAUUGCCAGGCAAUACUAAUGUGAAUUACAGAAAGUCAUUAGAAGGAACCAAAAAUAAUGUGGAUGAAAAUAUGGAUGAAUCGGAUAGAAGAAAAAGUCCACGAAGUCCAAAAAAAAUAAAAACAGAGCCUGAUUCUGAGAAAGAUGAGGUAAAAGAUUCAGAUGCUACAAAAGGAGCAGACCAAGGUGAAAUGGAUGUUUCCAGGAUUGCUGAGAAGAAGGACCAAGAUGUAAAAGAAGUUUUAGAUUCUGACAAUGAUAAAUCCUUUAAGGAAGAACCAAUGGAAAUAGAUGAUGAUGUGAAAACAGAGCCACAUAUAAAUUGUCAGGAAAGUUCUCAAGUAGAUGUGGUCAAUGUCAGUGAGGGUUUUCAUCUAAGGACUAGUUAUAAAAAGAAAAUUAAAUCAUCCAAACUAGAUGGACUUCUUGAAAGGAGAAUUAAACAGUUUACACUGGAAGAAAAACAGCGCCUUGAAAAGAUGAAGUUGGAGGGUGGAAUUAAGGGUAUCGGAAAGACCUCUACAAGUUCUCUGAAAAGUCUUUCUGAGUCUCCAGUAAUCACUAAAGCAAAAGAAGGGUGUCAAAGUGACUUGCUUAUUAAACAAGAACAAAGCCCUAAUGCAAGUAAUGAUAAAUCUGAAGAUUUGAUUCGGGGAUGUUCACAGAGCGAUUCCUCAGUUCUUGGAAUCAGUGAUCCUGAUCAUACAACAAACAAACUUUAUCCAAAAGAUCAAACGUUAGAUGACGUCUCCAUUCAGAGUCCAGAGACAAACUGUCAGAAACAAAAUUCUAUUGGAAAUGACAUAGAUGAGAGUCUCUCUGAACCUACCAGUAAAGGCCAGGAACCUAGUAAGAUUAAAACCAAAGGAAGUGAUUUUCUCGUUGAUGACUCCAAACUAGCCAGUACAGAUGAAAUUGGUACUUUGAUCUAUAAGAACAAAAAACCACUCAUACAGGAGGAUAAUGACACCAUUGUUUCUCCUUCCCAGAGCCCUUCACUUCCAUCAGUACCUAAAAGUAUCGAUGAUAGAGAUAUCCCAUCUCUGUCAAAAGCAAUGGACUUUGAAGGAAAACUGGGAUGUGACUCUGAAUAUAAUAGCACUUUGGAAAAUAGUUCUGAUACUAUGUCUAUUCAAGACAGCAGUGAAGAAGAUAUGAUUGUUCAGAAUAGCAGUGAAAGUAUUUCUGAACAGUUCAUAACUCAAGAACAAGGUAUUGAAGGCUUGGAACCAUUGAAACGUGAGUUUGUUUCAGAUCAGUCCACUGGAAACUGUGACCAGAGACCACAGAGUAAGGUAACUGAAGCAAAUGGUAAAAAAACAAGUCAAGAACAGAAAUUAGAGGAGAGAUCAGUUAAAUGUAUUGAUCAAGUCAAUCUAAAAAGUAGCACUGACAAAAAGAAUAAUGAAAAUCGAGAGUCUGAAAAGAAAGGACAGAAAGCGAGUACCUUUCAAAUAAAUGGAAAAGAUAAUAAAUCUAAAGUACAUUUGAAAGGGGAAUGCUUGAAAGAAAUCUCUGAGAGUAAAGUAGUAAGUGGCGAUGUUGAACCAAAGCUUAAUAAUAUAAGUAAAAUAAUUCCCGAAAAUGAUAUUAAGUCUUUGACCAUUAAAGAAUCUGCUGUAAAGCCGUUCAUGAAUGGUGAUGUCAUCAUGGAAGAUUUUAAUGAAAAAAACAACGUGGAAACAAAAUCAUGUUUACUGAGAUCUUCUGAUGCUGGAGGUGACUACCAGGAUGGCCUAGAGACCCUGCCUUCAACCAAAGAGUCUGAGAGUAUACAUACUACCACACCUCCACUGUCUUGUCCAGAAAGCAGUUCAACAAAUCAGGUAGAAGAUAUGGAAAUUGAAACCUCAGAAGUUAAGAAAGUUACUCCCUCACCUGUUACUUCUGGAGAGGAAUCUAACCUCAGUAAUGAUUCUGUUGAUGAAAAUGGGCUGCCUACCAGCAAAGACGAAAAUGUCAACGGAGAGUCUAAGAGGAAAACCGUCAUCACAGAAGUCACCACUAUGACAUCCACGGUGGCCACGGAAUCAAAAACCGUAAUCAAAGUAGCCAAAGGUGAUAAGCAGACUGUGGUCUCUUCCACAGAAAACUGUGCCAAAUCCACUGUCACGACCACCACUACAACGGUAACAAAGCUUUCCACACCCUCCACGGGCAGCAGCGUGGACAUCAUCUCUGUGAAGGAGCAAAGCAAAACUGUGGUCACCACAACAGUGACAGACUCACUGACCACUGCAGGAGGCACUCUGGUAACAUCUAUGACCGUGAGCAAAGAAUAUUCCACAAGGGACAAAGUGAAACUCAUGAAGUUUUCAAGACCCAAGAAGACUCGUUCAGGUACUGCUCUGCCAUCCUAUAGAAAAUUUAUCACCAAGAGCAGCAAGAAGAGCAUAUUUGUGUUGCCUAAUGAUGACUUAAAAAAGUUGGCCAGAAAAGGAGGAAUCCGAGAAGUCCCUUAUUUUAAUUACAAUGCAAAACCUGCCUUGGAUAUAUGGCCGUAUCCUUCUCCUAGACCAACCUUUGGUAUCACUUGGAGGUAUAGACUUCAGACUGUAAAGUCCUUAGCUGGAGUGAGCCUUAUGUUACGGUUACUGUGGGCAAGCCUGAGAUGGGAUGACAUGGCAGCCAAGGCUCCUCCAGGAGGAGGGACCACACGGACAGAAACCUCUGAAACUGAAAUCACAACGACAGAGAUAAUUAAGAGGCGAGAUGUUGGUCCUUAUGGCAUUCGAUCUGAAUAUUGUAUCCGGAAAAUCAUUUGCCCCAUUGGAGUUCCAGAAGCACCAAAAGAAACACCUACACCUCAGAGAAAAGGCCUUCGAUCGAGUGCAUUGCGGCCAAAGAGACCAGAAACGCCCAAGCAAACUGGCCCUGUUAUUAUCGAAACUUGGGUAGCCGAGGAAGAGUUGGAAUUAUGGGAGAUCAGGGCAUUUGCUGAAAGAGUGGAGAAAGAGAAGGCACAAGCAGUUGAGCAACAGGCUAAGGUUAGUGAACAGAAGAAGGCAGAGGACUUCAAGGCCCAAAUGGAGGCUCACCUCAAACAGCAGCGCUUGGCUGCCCGGCAGAAACGAUUGGAACAGCAGAAGCCUACAGCAAUUGCAGCUUCCACCACUUCCCCAACGAACAGUACGACUAGUACCAUCUCCCCAGCGCCGAAAGUGAUGGUGGCCCCCAUAAGUGGCUCCGUUACAACCGGAACUAAAAUGGUACUAACUACCAAAGUUGGAUCUCCAGCGACAGUGACAUUCCAGCAAAACAAGAACUUCCAUCAGACCUUCGCUACGUGGGUUAAGCAAGGCCAGUCAAACUCAGCCACCAGCACAGCUGCCACAUCUGCUACAACCAUUGCCAGCACAGGUCAGACGUUCCAAAUUACAGGCAAUCCAGUCACUAUGGCAGGAAAAGUAAUUACCAAACUGCCACUUCCUGCAAACAGCAAGAUUGUCGCUGUAAAUGUGCCAGCAACACAAGGAGGCGUUGUUCAAGUACAGCAGAAAGUCCUGGGUAUCAUUCCAUCAAGUACAGGUACAAGCCAGCAGACCUUUACUUCAUUCCAGCCCAGGACAGCAACAGUCACAAUUAGGCCCAAUACCUCAGGCUCUGGAGCAACCACAAGCACUUCACAAGUAAUCACAGGGCCUCAGAUCCGCCCUGGUAUGACGGUGAUUAGAACACCACUCCAACAGUCAACACUAGGAAAGGCGAUUAUUCGAACACCCGUGAUGGUACAGCCAGGUGCCCCUCAGCAAGUGGUGACCCAGAUCAUUAGAGGGCAACCCGUUUCCACUGCGAUCUCUACCCCUAAUGCAGUUUCCUCAGCACCAGGACAGAAAGGAUUAACUUCGGGAACAUCCAGUGCAAAUCUGCAGCCUUCACCCUCCCCGGCCCCUCGUCCCCAACAGGGACAGGUGAAGCUCACCAUGGCUCAACUCACUCAGUUAACACAGGGCCACGGCGGCAAUCAAGGUUUGACAGUAGUAAUUCAAGGACAAGGUCAAACGACUGGACAGUUGCAGUUGAUACCUCAAGGGGUGACUAUACUCCCGGGCCCAGGACAGCAGCUGAUGCAAGCGGCCAUGCCAAACGGUACUGUCCAGCGGUUCCUCUUCACACCUUUGGCCACAACAGCCACAGCAGCCAGCAGCACCACCACCACCGUUUCCACUACGGCAGCAGGUACAGGUGAACAAAGACAGAGUAAAUUAUCACCCCCAACACAGGUGCCACAAGCCAAAACCUUGCCACCAGCUCAGUCAUCAAGUGUGAGUCCUCCAGAAGCCCAGCCACAGACUGCUCAGCCUUCAGCUCAGCCCCAGCCCCAAACCCAGCCCCCGUCCCCAGCUCAGCCUGAAGUGCAGACUCAGCCUGAAGCUCAGACCCCAACAACUGUUGCAUCCCAUGUCCCUUCUGAAGCACAACCCGCCCAAGCACAGUCAUCCAAACCCCAAGUCGCAGUACAGUGUCAGCCUCAAAGUAAUGUCCAAGGACAGUCUCCUGCUCGCGUCCAAAGUCCACCACAGACUCGAAUACGUCCAUCGACUCCAUCCCAAGUGUCUCCCGGACAGCAAUCCCAGGUUCAGACUACAACCUCACAACCGAUUCCAAUUCAACCACAUACAUCUCUUCAGACACCUUCCCAGGGCCAGCCACAAUCACAACCCCAGGUACAGUCUCCAACUCAAACUCUUUCAUCAGGACAGACGUUAAACCAAGUUACUGUUUCAUCCCCAUCCCGUCCUCAGCUACAGAUACAGCAGCCGCAGCCCCAAGUCAUUGCUGUGCCCCAGCUGCAACAACAAGUCCAGGUUCUCUCUCAGAUCCAGUCGCAGGUUGUGGCUCAGAUACAGGCUCAGCAAGGUGGUGUGCCCCAGCAAAUCAAACUCCAGUUACCUAUUCAAAUUCAGCAAAGCAGUCCUGUGCAGACUCACCACAUUCAGAAUGUGGUUACAGUGCAGGCAGCCAGUGUGCAAGAGCAGUUGCAAAGGGUUCAGCAACUCAGGGAUCAGCAGCAAAAGAAGAAGCAGCAACAGAUAGAAAUUAAGCGGGAACACACUCUCCAAGCUUCUAAUCAAAGUGAAAUCAUUCAGAAACAGGUGGUGAUGAAGCAUAAUGCUGUAAUAGAACAUUUAAAGCAGAAAAAGACCAUGACUCCAGCUGAAAGAGAAGAGAAUCAAAGAAUGAUUGUCUGUAACCAGGUGAUGAAGUAUAUUUUGGAUAAGAUAGAUAAAGAAGAAAAACAGGCAGCAAAAAAACGGAAGCGCGAAGAGAGUGUGGAACAGAAACGUAGCAAGCAGAAUGCCACCAAGCUCUCCGCGCUGCUCUUCAAACACAAAGAACAACUCAAAGCGGAAAUACUAAAAAAGAGAGCGCUCCUGGACAAAGACCUACAAAUUCAAGUGCAGGAAGAGCUCAAGAGAGACCUGAGGAUUAAGAAAGAAAAAGACAUGGUGCAGGCCACAGCGGUAGCGGCUCCCUCCCCCGCAGCGCCGCCUGCGCCUCCGGCCCCUCCGCCUUCACCCCCGCCUCCGCCUCCCCCACAGCACACGGGCCCCCUGGCCACGGCCACGGCCACGGCCACGGCCACGCUGCCUGCCGCUUCCCAGAAGAGGAAGCGAGAAGAGGAAAGAGACUCGAGCUCCAAGUCCAAGAAGAAGAAAAUGAUCUCUACUACCUCAAAGGAAACUAAGAAGGACACAAAGCUUUACUGUAUCUGUAAAACGCCUUACGAUGAAUCUAAGUUCUAUAUUGGCUGUGAUCUUUGUACUAACUGGUAUCAUGGAGAAUGUGUUGGCAUCACAGAAAAGGAGGCUAAGAAAAUGGAUGUGUACAUCUGUAAUGAUUGUAAACGGGCACAAGAGGGCAGCAGUGAGGAAUUGUACUGUAUCUGCAGAACACCUUAUGAUGAGUCACAAUUUUAUAUUGGCUGUGAUCGGUGUCAGAACUGGUACCAUGGGCGCUGCGUGGGCAUCUUGCAGAGUGAGGCAGAGCUCAUUGACGAGUAUGUCUGUCCACAGUGCCAGUCAACCGAGGAUGCCAUGACAGUGCUCACGCCGCUAACGGAGAAAGAUUACGAGGGUUUGAAAAGGGUGCUGCGUUCUUUACAGGCCCAUAAGAUGGCCUGGCCUUUCCUUGAGCCAGUGGAUCCUAAUGACGCACCAGAUUAUUACGGUGUUAUUAAGGAACCUAUGGACCUCGCCACCAUGGAAGAAAGAGUACAAAGACGGUAUUAUGAAAAGCUGACGGAAUUUGUGGCAGACAUGACCAAAAUUUUUGAUAACUGUCGUUACUACAAUCCUAGUGACUCGCCUUUUUACCAAUGUGCAGAAGUUCUUGAAUCAUUCUUUGUACAGAAAUUGAAAGGAUUCAAGGCUAGCAGAUUCUGAUAUCUUUAGUCUGAAUUUUUAACUGGAAUCAGAACUGGAUGUUGGGGUCACUCUUUCUUUUAUUGUUCCACGUGAUUACCUAAUUCAAAAUUGCCCCCCCACAAAGUUCAUACUAGUUAAUUUAAUGUUUUAAUGUUAAAAAUAUAUGUACAGUAGUAAAUGGUUUAUUCUAGCGGCCAUGUUGAACAAUGUACUUAAGAAUUGUAAACUCCUGGAAUGCUGUAUUUAUCCACACUGCUGCAGUAGACCGCACUCUGACUUAGUCCUGGCGGCUGUGCAGGAGUGUGGUUUUUACUAACGAAAGUUGUGAAUAAAACUGUGAAACUAGAGAGGAGACUUUCUGGACUUCAAUAGAAAAAUGUGAUUUUAAUACUGCUAUUUCUUUUUUUUUUAAUAUAAUUUUUUCUUCAUAUUCCCCGAAUCAAUGUAAAUAAGCAUGUACGUACACACACACACACAGAGACACACACAGACACGCACACACACACACGCGCACACACACACCUUUACCACAAUGGUAAUGCCUCUGUAAAUGUUUCUAUCUGUCCCAUUGGCUAAAAAUGUAUAAUCUUUAUUAGAUGAAUAUAUAUAUAUAUAUAUUUUAAUAAUGGCUUUUUCCAGUGAACUAUCAUGUUUCAGUGUACAGUGAAAAUUUCUAUUGUAGGUUAACAGUUUCUUACUUGUUCUCAUAUAUUUGCUUGCCAAGGGUAAAUGAAAGAACAUGGCUGCUUCUUCCCCCAGACAGACUGACCUUGGCAUCCACAUAAAGCAUCAUUGUUUUCAAAAAUGAAGGGUGCUUAAUUGUUCCCUUUUUUCUGUAUUCUGUAGGUCUCAUAACAACAAACUGCAGUCUACAGCUUCUUAAAGUUCAGCGUGUUAACCUAACAUAAAACACAGCAAGAAUCUGGUUGUCUGAACUAUUUUAAAUUAAGGAGCCAGAUGUUUUUAGUCAGGUUAUCCUGACAAGACUUGACCUAAACUUCGUUUUUAUUGGUCAUAACAGUCCAAUUAUAUUCUUGGCCAAUUUUGUCCAACGGACAAGGGAAAAGCAAAGUCAACGACACCAUUAUCUUGUCAAGAUCAAAUGGUUUUACUAUUGUGGCAGAAGCGGGAAAACUUUGUUUAUUGAGAAAAAAAAAAAGAAAAAAGAAAGCAAGAAAAAAGAUAAUAUGGGGUCAAGUGUAACUCCAUGGAAAUGCCACGUCUGCUCUUCAGUGAAGAAGCUGGUUUAGUCUCACAGAAAACUUUUGACUGUAUUUAUUUAUUGUUGCAAAAAAGAUGCUUUUUUAUUGCUGCCCUCAUUUGUCAGCUAAUUAUUUUUUCUUAUAAAAUUCAGCCCCGGUUUCAUGUAAUCCAUAUCUUAUCAUGAUUCCUGUAGGUAAAAGUACAAGACGACCUCUAGAUGUCUUUUCUUUCUAUGAAAGGAGCUGCUAUGUACACAUGUGCACACAGACACACACACACACACACACACACACACACAACUGGGAAUCAACAAUGAGUUUAUUGUUCAUGGUAGAUAAAAAUUAAGCUUGCAUAAAGGUUGGGCUAAGUGGUCCUGGACUACAGACUCUGUUGCCUUGAAUAUAACAGUACAAUUUGUCAUUUACUCUGCACCAGGCUAAACUGAGUAAAAUCUAUUUGAAGGUAUCUUGUUUGUAAACAUUUGUCAGAUUCUAAUUUUUUUUCUUUUUGUAUUAAAAUUCAACUAUGGAUGUAUAUGAAACAAAAUAAAUGGAGAUCAUUUUUCUCCCACA